AUGGAUUUCGCGACAGCAUCACAGAAGAAGUCGAUUGCUUCGUUAUUGUCUAAACGUAUUGUUGAUUUGAGUUUUAAUAAAUAUUCUUGUUAUGUUGUCGAAAAAGCUAUAAUAUGCCUCGGUCAUUCGUAUCAAUUACAAAUGGUAAAAAAUAUAAAAGGUGCUGAAUGUAAACUAUCCAUUAAUCGAAAUGGUAAUCAUGUGAUACAGCAUAUUUUUGAACAUGUUCCUUUAUACGCAUACAAAUCUGUUAUUGAAAGUUUAAUUUCGUCGAGCGAAAUUUUUUACAAAAUAGUCACAGAUAAAUAUGGUUGUCGAGUUAUAGAACAUGCUAUUCAGAAUCUUGAAUUUCAAGUUAUGAAUUCAAAUUCGCAACAGGCAAGAGAUUUACUAAAUAAUAUUUUACCUAUAUCGCAAACGAAGCACGCAUCAUAUUUGGUCCAAAAGGCAUUCAUUUAUGCACCAAGCGAGCUUCUUCACGCAAUGAUGAAUGAGAUUUUCGACUAUUGCAAUAAGCAAACAGAACAUAAUAAAUGUGCAAUCGAUGUAAUGCUUUACGAUAAAUUUGGAAAACACGUGAUACAAACAAUGUUUGACAUUGCAAUUAAAGUGAAAUUUGAAGGAAUUAAAGGAGAAAGUAUUUGGUUUGAUCGCAUAGCCGAACAUAUUCUUCGUCAUCGAAAGGAAUUGUUACGCCAUUCCUCAGGAAGAAAAAUUGUCGAAAAACUCUAUGAGGUGUCGAAUUUUUUCAGUAUAUCUUCAUAA